UGUCCCUUCAAAAUACUCCAUCUCUGUCUUCAGCUUCUCCGAACCACAACGUACGUCUCUCCUUAAUUUCUUUAUCUUCGUUUUACCUUCUUCAAACAAACAGCUAUGGGAAAUUGCUUUCACAUUCACAAGACCACUUCUUCUUCUUCCUCCUCUCAUUCAUCUGCAAUAAAGCACGAGAAAGUCUUAAGGGUCAUAAAUCCUGGUGGUAAAAUCUUGAUGAAUUUCUCUGCUGGAUACAGCACAGGGCUGUCAAGAAAACAACUACGAGAUCUUCCUGGUACGACCACCGAUACAAUUGGUGUUUCUCGGGCCACUAGUUCAUCGGUUACAAUGAAUAAUAGCAAGAGAAUUAAACUGGUCAUAACAAAACAAGAGCUUCAAAUAUUGCUGUCAAAGAAGAUAACAGCAGAGGAGAUACGCAUGUUGAGUGUAAUCAAGAAAGACGAUAAUAAUGAUGAUGAAGAUGCGUGGCGUGGAACUAACUCUUCUUCAAGGUGGCGACCGGUGCUUGAAACCAUUUCUGAAGGAAGUGAGUUGCAUUUUACUGUGCAGUAAUUGAAAACAUUACCAAAUUAAGUAACGUAUGUUGUAAUUAUUUGUUGCAUAUGAAAUUUCUAGUACUUUAUGGAAAAUGAUUAUUUCAGUUUUAUUUUCCUUAAAUUAAAAUAUAUAAAAUGAAUGUGUAGAUAUAAAUGAUAGAAGGAUUGAA